GAAAAAGAUAAGGAAAGAGCCAGGCAAAGGAAUGCAAGGGCAAGAGAAAAACAACAAAGGUUGCAGUGGGAGGAGACUCCGACACCGAACAUGGAAAAUCCGGGGGAGGAAGCAGACACAACGAAGGAGUGGAACAGAUCCUGCUGACUGAGAGGAGCGUGUGCGGCUCCGACAUCAGCGGAAGAAAGCAAAAGCAUACGAGCGUGUCAGGAGAGGUCACUGGCGUGCCCGAGCGCCACCUCAUGCGAACCAGCCAAAGAACACGGCAGCAGCAGCAUGUUGGAGAAAGAGUACCGCAUUUGCAUGCCACUAACUGUGGAGGAGUACAGGAUCGGGCAACUGUACAUGAUCAGCAAGCACAGCUGUGAGCAGAGUGAAAAUGGAGAAGGGGUCGAGGUGGUAAGGAACGAGGCCGAUACUCACCCCGAGCACGGCCCGGGACAGGUGACGGAGAAACGAAUCUACCUCAGCAGUAAGCUGCCAGCCUGGGCGAAGUCGCUUGCCCCGCGAUUCUUCUAUGUGAAAGAGACGGCCUGGAAUUUCUACCCGCACACAAUUACAGAAUAUUCAUUAUCGUUCCUCCCCAAGUUCAGCAUCUACAUUGAGACACGGUUCGAGAACAACAACGGCUGUAAUGACAAUAUAUUUGGUACGCCAACGCCGGCAGAGCAUGUGACUUUCCUGGAUAUCCUGAGUGACCCCAUCCCAGAAAAGCACUACAAAGAGUCAGAGGACCUGUCUCGCUGGCAGUCGAGUAAGACUAAGCGAGGGCCUCUGAAGGAGGGCUGGAGGGAGGAGCACCAGCCCAUCAUGUGCUCCUACAAGAGGGUGCGCUGCAACUUUGAGGUCUACGGCUUGCAGACCAAGACGGAGGAUUUCCUACACAGAAACAUCCGGGACAUUCUCCUGAUUGGUCACAGGCAAGCGGUGGCGUGGGUGGACGAAUGGCACGGGCUAACCUUGGAAGAGGUGAGGCAGUACGAGGACAAGAUGCAAAAGCAGACCAACAGCAAAGUCAAACAAAACUCAGGAUCUCCGACCUCAUCUGCUCCCAUGUUCUCUCGCUCCAUGUCGGUGACGGACGAGUUUACGCUGAAGAAGAUGGGAGCCUCCGAGCCCUCGGGGGGCACCACUGUUCCACAUGGUCACAUCCGGUUCAACUCCACCUCUGAAUGAGAACCCGAGUUGGGUCACAGCAUCAAACACAGUCAACAUUUUUAUUGACUUGUGUUGAUUCUGUCAUGUACAGAAAGCAUGAACGCUGUUUGUUAUUGUUGUUUUUUAACAAGGAAUAUUUCCACAGACACCUUCAGGGGACAACAAGUGCACUUAGUAGAGCUCAGACCUCCAACCAAGUAGAUUAGCAAAAUUUCAGAAAUUUUCAAAGUUGGACAAUUUUCACAGGGAUUAAAAAAGGAACAGACAAUAAUUUACCAAAUUGAAAAUUGGGUUUUAACUACAAACUUAAAUGUAGUUGAAAAAGAUAUAUUUUAGCAUAAUACAUUUUUCGAGUUACAUGCCAUUGUUUUUUCUUUUUGGGUGAAAAUUACAUUUUUCUAUUGAAAUCCAAGCUAGAGUUUGUAGUGUUAAAACUGCUAGCAAGAUUGAAAAAGAUCCUAACAUAAACAAGCUCCAUUCUCAAAAUUACAGAGAACAAAAAUAUUAGUUUACAGAGAACUCAUAUCCAUCUUUAGAAAAAAAAAUGCAGCACUAUAAAUGCUAAGCUAGCAUUAACACCAUAAACGAGCUAACGCUAGCCACAGUGUUAGCUGAAAUGUUCCAGAAUUCUUUCAACACACUUUGUAGCCCAACCACAUAGGCUUAACAAAAACAAUUUCGAUGUUGACGUGUAAUCUGGAUUUACAGCAAAAUUGCAUGCUUCCUUCCUCAGACAAUCUCGAGUGCGGGACUUUCAUCCCACACAGCACGUUUUGUGCGACUCUGAGUUAUUACACGUUCAUGUUUUAUGGCGAGUCAUCAAACUCGGCCGCCACGCUGCUUCCACGCGCACUCCCAAAUACAAACAUUUUUCCACAAUCACGUUUGAAAGCAAUCACGCAAAAUCUUGAGGACUACUCACCCGGAAAGUUAGCCUGAAAUGGCUUCCAUAUUUUCUUGGGACAAAAGUCUCCUCGUGAAGGACACGCCUACCAAAAUGUCACAUCACUGAAUCAAACUGGAUUUCAGAAAGAUUCUUUGGCGUGUUAGAGCUAAAUUUUGUGGGCAUGCAGACGCCCUAAAAAUGUUGAUUGCCUGUAUUUUUGAAUUUCCCUUGCCUGGUGGUCACACUGUAGCUGUCAGGAAUUCAGCGGACCACCGGCUGGGCGUCACCGUUGUGCCCCCCGCCUCCAGACAGAUGAGUGGAUCUAAUGAGAAAGAGGCCGUCAAUGUUAUGGAUCGGCCUCCCUCCGCACCUCGCCCGAAAGGUUACGGCGGGUGUAUUGACACGCGGCGCCGAAUCAGCGCUUGAUCUCUUAGCUGAGAGCUCCAAAAUGGGUCAAGCUGUGCUAAACUUCAAUUAGGAGUCAAUAAUGUAGCCAUGAUUAACUUCAUUUUGUACAAAAGAAGACUCCGCAUUCUGUGCAUAGAUAAUCGCAUCAUUAUGUAGCAUUCUAUUUUCUAUGAAUCAAAAGGGAGAAUGUAUCAGGAAAUGACAUGAUGUAUUUUUGUUUUUUCCAAUAAAUACAAUUUACAGUGA